AUGGGCGUAGACUCAUCGGGCGCUUCUCUAUACACAAAUGAGGUGCUUUACCGAUCAGUCAUGGAUAUGUCUCGUAUGCUUGGUCCAUGGAUUGGACACUAUCGUCUUCGGCACAGCGAUGGCCAAUAUCUCAAUGCAACCGGGGCCGUUUUCACAAAAGUGACCAAGCUGAUGGUCAACAAGUGGACUUGCUUAUCCAUGACGACGAUUUUUGGACUGGCAAUGCUCAUUGUGGCUCUUGUACUUCUCUUCUUCGAAAACAUGACUAUGAUUUGGUACCGAGAUCUUCUCACAGUCAUUGGAAACAUGAUUUUUCUCCAACAUCAAAGAAGAUCUUCGGACGGAGGAUCAAAAGAUAGCCCUAGACUCAAAGACAAAGCGAUCGAAUGGGGCAACUGCGACUUUACACCACUUGUGUUGAAAGUUUGGGCACGGGCAUCCAUAAUUUCUCUCAUCGUUGUCGUCACGACGGGCCUCUCUUAUUCUCUGAAGACAUCGAUGGAGUACCAGGGAAUCGCAACAGUGAGUGAAGAGGCGAAUCAUGCGUAUCUGUUGUGGACUUCUGUCCCGACACUUUUGAUGCUCAGCAUUGCAUUAUAUAUCAACUCUUUCGACUCUACAUACCGAGGUCUGGCCACACUAUCCGCUCUUGCUAUCAAAUCGUGUAGGGUCACAGCAAUGGAUAUGUCGUUCUCGAAUAUGUUAGGGCUACAAGUACUCUACCACUCACUUCGAGCACAUAUUGGAACUGUCACCGUAACGCAGUUCUUAGCCAUUAUCUGUGGUCUGCUAACAACUCUGGCUUCGGUUGUUUUUACCGCCAAGACAAUCCCAGAGACGAGCACGAUCUCGUUACAACAGAAGACCUGGUUUGGGUCUGGAGAGAUAAGGAACGCUACAGAACUCAGCCGCAAGAGGCGGACUCUAAGCAGCCUAGUUCUUCGUCGGGGUGACGGACUUCUCACAUACCCCAAAAACACGUACGAUACUCUUGUCUUUCCAACAUUUGGCACCCGCGAUGGAUUAGACCCUUCGCAGAAUAUUUCAAUCAAGGUCAACAUGUCAGUUGCGAUGCUGAAGCCCAACUGCUGGAUAGUGCCUCCAGAUGUUUAUAACCUGACAAAACUGGAACGGAUCGACGACUCCGACGGUUACUUCACAGUUCAGCCCCAGAUCACCGAAAGCUUUACUUGCCCUAAUGGGAGUCAAGCUCAACUCUCCCAAACCAUCGCUUUCGUCCUUGGCGAAAGAAAGUCCGACUACGUAUACUUAGCAACAGGAUUAGACUCUCCAGAGGACCUACGCAUCGCGAAUAGGUCUUGCGGCUUGAGUCUCCGCGAUACCGAUAUCAUCCCGGCUUCAACCAAAUUCAUGACCUACGCCCUGGGAAAAUAUUCCCAAGAACAAGAAAAAUUCUUACAUCUCUCUAUCACAAGAUGUCAGUAUUCCUGGGUUGAGUUGCCCACCGAAGCCAAUUUCACCUUUCGCCAUGGGGAGUUUGUCUUGAAUCCAGGGGAUUUACCACGACCGGAUGAGUCUCGAGCUCAGCCCUGGGGCAUGCCUUUCAACAUACCAGACAUCGAUGACCAGUUCAAAGCCAGUGCUGUCACCCAAAUCAACGAUGCAGUUCCCCAAGUAACAGUGAGUGACCCUUACGCAGGGUACUUCGACUCCUGGUUUAGGACAUUGUCUUCCCCAUUCGGUCGAUUUUCUUUGGAUGCAUUCGGGGACCCAAAUUUCGAAGAGGAAAUCCUUAAAGACAUACACCACCUAUACGGGUUCCUUGCGGCUCAAAUAGCAAACUUCGAGAAUCGUAUUGACAUCACCCAGAAUUCGAAAGACAGCCCUCCGCCAACCCCUUUCAAUCUGACUGCCAACGUUAUCAACCUCAGUCGUCGCCGCCUUAUCCAGGAUCCGAUAGUGACCUACGUAAUCAUAGGGAUCCUGACUUUGACGGCACUUCUGAGUCUAUUGAUGUUGAUCACUGAUUCGCUCGGCACGGCCUCGUCGAAAUCGCAACUAUUCAGCAUGAGAAUCGAGGGCCUUGCACCAGAUGGAUACAACAGUAUAGCCGCAAUGACCGCCCUCCUCAAAGACUCAAACGCAAUGGACCACCUCCCCGAAGGCGCCGAGCACAUGUCCAAGAAGGAACUCCACGAAAAGCUCUCCGGUCUCCGAUUCCGAUUGGGUUGGUUCUGGCGUGAGAGUACACGGACGCGGCACUAUACCAUUGGCGUCUUGGAUGAUGAGAACUUUGAGUUCCUGGGAAACAAGGAUGACAUUGCGAGGGAGGAUGCGUUGUUGAGGUAUCCUCCUGAAUCAGGGCGGUGA